AAUGCUAACUCAGACAGAAAUAAGCAAUUCAGCUUUUCGAGGUUACUCAAGAGGUAUAACCUUUUCCAUCCUUGAAUACAUUAGAUCAGCAGCUGUACAAUGAGAUUUCUACAAAUUGUAAUGAUCGUUGUCUGCUUAUCAACAUCAGUUGUUUUAUCCUUUCGACCUGGUCGAGUGUUUUCACUUAUAAAACAACCAGGAAUACAUGAUACAGAUGAUUUAGAAUUGGAUGAUCCUUUAUUAUUUCAAAGGUUCUUUUACAGACAACAAGUUUCAAAGGAUUCAGGUGAUGGAGGUCAAAAAUUUUAUGGUAAUUUGAUGCGAUAUGGACGAUAAAUUAAUGAUUACAACAUUUAUGAUAACCAAAUUAUACCAAAAACUUGUAUUAAAUGUUGAAAAUGUCAAGGACAACAACCACAAUUUUAUGAGACCUAUGUUUUAAAAUAUUUCCUUCAUUUCUCACAAUUUCAUUCGAAAUUGUCUACUUAAAAUAAAAUAUAUACCACAAAUAUAAUUGUGAUAUCACUGAUUUGAUGAUCUUUUGUGGGAGAAUAUUUGCAACAGUACUUAAUAUUUAUCAUUAUUGUGUUUUUCAUAAUUAUUGUAGAAAACUUAUUCCAAUUGAGUGGGAAAAUAUUGAAGAGACAGAAGACUUACACCUUGCACUAAGUCCGUCAUUUGCAAAAUGUACUUCGUUUCCUCUUCUGUUGCUCUCUUGAUUUGCUUUUCAUACAUUCUUAUCAGCAGCAUCCACUGUAAUACGCCUGCGUUAUCCCUUGUAUUGCUGUUGGCAGAAUCCUUACCUAUUGCUGGUAAUUCCUUAUGAUUCCUGCCACUCUCUCAAUAUUCAUUCUUAUCAGCAACGCCUACUACAAUAUUAGUUUAGUUAUUUAUAUAAUAUAAAGUCAUUUAAUACAGUCCGUGAACAGAUAAUGAUUCUAUGAAACAAGAUUGCCCAUUAGCUACCAGCAUUUCAAAUUUUAAUUCUUUUCAGGAUAUGAAGCCUGUAAUUAUGUCAGUGUGAACAGCAGGAAUUCAGUGUAUCGUGAUACUCCAUCAACUAAACCAUGUUGAAAUAUAAGAUUUCUUGAUGAUUACAAACAGGACUAUCCAGCUGUCUACAUACUAUACCUUUCAAAUUUUACAUACUCUCUAUUUAUUACUGUACCCCUUCCACUAUUUGUGUUUACCUUGUCUUUAAUU